GGAACCAGGAAGGCGGUGAGCUUAAACUGAACCAAGUUCGGAGGGCGCCGGCGGCUCCCCGAUUUGAAGAAACAUUUCCAGGUUUGCGGCGCUUGCAAGUCCACGGGAGGUGUGAUCCCGAAGACUGGGAGCCAGAAAUGGGACGCCGUUCAUCAGAUACUGAAGAAGAAAGCAGAAGCAAGAGAAAAAAGAAACAUCGUAGACGGUCAUCUUCAAGUAGUUCUUCAGAUAGUAGAACAUAUAGCCGAAGGAAAGGUGGAAGGAAAUCCAGGUCAAAGUCAAGAUCUUGGUCCAGAGAUCUUCAGCCUCGUUCACAUUCUUAUGAUAGAAGACGGAGACAUCGAUCAAGCAGUAGCUCUUCUUAUGGCUCUAGAAGAAAACGAAGUCGAAGUCGUUCAAGGGACUGGGGGAAAUCCUAUAGAGUUCAGAGGUCUAGGUCAAAAAGCAGAACAAGAAGGUCCAGGUCAAGACCUCGUCCACGUUCCCAUAGUCGAAGCAGUGAAAGGUCUAGUCACAGAAGAACCCGUAGUCGAUCUCGGGAUAGAGAACGACGUAAAGGCAGAGAUAAGGAGAAAAGAGAAAAGGAGAAGGAUAAAGGCAAGGACAAGGAAUUACACAACAUUAAACGGGGGGAAUCUGGAAACAUCAAAGCUGGAUUAGAACAUCUGCCACCAGCUGAACAGGCCAAAGCCAGACUACAGUUGGUUCUUGAAGCUGCUGCAAAAGCUGAUGAAGCAUUGAAAGCCAAAGAAAGAAAUGAAGAAGAAGCAAAGAGAAGAAAGGAGGAAGACCAAACCACCCUGGUAGAACAAGUAAAAAGAGUAAAAGAAAUUGAAGCCAUUGAAAGUGAUUCUUUUGUUCAGCAGACAUUCAGAUCAAGUAAAGAAGUCAAAAAGUCGGUGGAAGCCAGUGAAGUGAAGCAUGUGCCUGCAGCAUCAGGACCAGUGUCAGUAGCUGCUGAUCUACCCAGUCAUGAAAAAGAAAUAGACCCGAGCAGCAUCCCUACUGCUAUCAAGUACCAAGAUGACAAUUCUCUGGCUCACCCAAACUUAUUUAUUGAGAAAGCUGAUGCUGAGGAGAAGUGGUUCAAGAGAUUAAUUGCUCUUCGACAAGAAAGGCUAAUGGGCAGUCCUGUGGCCUAAUUAAUACAUAUGGUUGAAUUAACAGUAACAUUGGAAAUUUAGGUUUUUAUAUCCCAUUUUAACUUUUUACUCUUAUAAAGAAUUGACCCAAUUAUAUAAAAAGGUAAUCUCAUUUAAUUCAUUUCUCAUGUCGGCUUGAAUAUUUGUUGACUUGAACUUAAACACUGAAUAUUAAAACUAGUAUAAUAUUGAGGAAUGCAUGAAAAUCCCUGCUGUUAAUAAAGCUAAUCCUAAAAAUAUCAAUGUUAAAGUAAAUGGCACACAGUAUCAUUUCUAAGUACAAUUUUUAAAAUAUCAAACUGUCAUUUAAAGACACUAUUUGAUCAUGCAUAUAUGAGAAUCAAACUAUAUGCUAUAAAUAUGAGAUUUCAUCUA